UAUGCGUUCACGGGCUCAGUCAGAGUCGCCUCGUUCAGACGGAAGCCCACCGAGGGAAGCAAAAUGGCUGUUAGCGUGACAUUUCCAAACUAAACACUACGGAUUCGCUUUAAGGAAUCACUUGUUCAGCACAUCGUGUUUCGUUACAACCGAAAGAGCACAUCCUCACCAGCAUCAUGUCUGCGAUGAAGGCUUCUGACGCCGCAUCAUCCCUUCAACUAUGCAGGAUCAUGCGGCCGGAUGAUGCCAACAUUGUCGGUAACGUGCACGGUGGCAACAUCCUGAAGAUGAUCGAGGAAGCCGGAUGCAUUAUUAGCACACGGCACUGCAACACACAGAAUGAGGACCGCUGCCUGGCUGUUUUGGUUCGUGUGGAGAAGACCGAGUUCUUGUCCCCCUUAUUCAUCGGGGAGGUCGCCCACGCCACGGCUGAGAUCACGUACACCUCGCCGCACUCGCUGGAAGUGCAAGUCAAAGUCAUGGGCGAGAACAUCCUCACAGGUGCCAAAAAGCUGGUCAACAGGGCCGUGCUGUGGUACGUACCCUGCUCUCUGCAGAAUGUCGACAAGAUCAUGGAGGUGCCGCCCAUCAAGUUUGCGGCAGAACAAGAGGAGGAGGGUCAGAAGCGGUACGAGGCUCAGAAGACGGCGAGACUGAAAACCAAAGAAAUGGUUGAAGAGGUCAUGCCACCUCCCCCCAAGCCAGAAAAGCACAGCGUUGGCUUCAGCCAGUCCAGUCUGAUCCAUUUGGUGGGUCCCUCGGACUGCACGCUGCACGAUUACGUUCACGGAGGCGUCACCAUGAAGUUGAUGGAUGAGGUUGCCGGCAUUGUGGCAGCACGCCACUGCAACACCAACAUUGUCACCGCCUCUGUGGACGCCAUCAAUUUUCAUCGCAAGAUUAAGAAAGGCUGUGUGGUGACUGUGACAGGCCGUCUCACGUUCAUCAGCAACAAGUCCAUGGAAAUAGAAGUGGUGGUAGAUGCCUGCUCGCUGGUUGACACGGAGAAAGUUAGCUAUCGCGCAGUUUCUGCCUUCUUCACUUUCAUCUCGCUGGACAAGUAUGGCAAAGCUCAGUCCGUCCCUCCUCUUAAGGUUAAUGGCGAGGAUGAGCAAAAGCGUUAUGAUGAAGGCCAAGCCCGUUACCUCUUCAAUAAAGCCAAGAGACUUGCAGCGAAGGAAGCCAACUAAUGACACGGCCGCAACACGACACCAAAGGAAAACAAAGUCCCUUUUCCUCAUCCUCUCCUCGGAUUGUAGCCUCCUGAACCGUGACCUGUUUCAUGCGCCAAAGCGAUCAUAUCUAUAUACAGUAUGUGUGUUAAAUUCAUGAGUGAAAUAUUUUAGUUUUGUGACAGACAAGUGCUGACUAGAUUAGAAGCUUUUCAAAGGACUUGAUGAAGUGUACAGGGUAAUAGUGCCACCAAAAUAAAUACAUGAAGGAACAAAUAAAAGAUCCGAACGCGA